UUUGUAUAUUAAAAAUUUUUCACCCAAAAUUGAAUUUUAUCCCCUUUUUUGCUUUUAGGGUCUGUAACUCGUUUCCUGAAUUCAGGAUUGACUUAAUAUCACACCAGAAUCUCUUGAUUAUCCCCUUAAUUAUUCUAAAUGCAACUAUAUCCCUUUUAAUCCCUCCAAAUCCAAAAAAUAAACACGGGGACUCAAACGUCCCCAUUAGGGUGGGGACUCAACCGGCGGGACUCAAUCGGCUGGGACUCAAACGGCUCGGGACUCAACCGGCGGGACUCAACCGGCGGGACUCAAUGAUCCCCCGCCCUUAAUUAAUUAAUUUUCUGGCGUUUUGUUUAAAUUGUUAAAAUUAGAGAAAACGAAAAGAGAACAAAAAUGUCUUUAAUUUGAUGAUUUGUAAAAAAAAUAUUUUUUCGAGAAUUUUUUCUUUUUUUUUAAAUAUUUUUUUUUCAGAUUAAAAUUAGUUUUACUUUUCUUUUCAAAUAAAAAAAUGGAAGUAUCAGGAUUUCCGCAUCAAGUUGGCGGCCAUUUUGGUAUUCUUUCAAUUUCUGGGCAUGUUUGUAAACUACUUAAUCAGAGAGAAUAUGAAUUUUAUCUUCAAUUGGAUCCGAGGUUUAAGCCUUUCACUGCUAAAUUUUGUGGACGUAUUAAAGUUCAAUGUAACAACAACAAUAAUUCUUUAAUUGCCAAAACAGCUUCUGAAGAAGAACAUGCUUUAGUAAGUAUGUCAACAGAAACUUUAGUUGAUUGUCAUCCACAAUUAAUUCAAAUUCCACCAAAUACUUUAACUACAACAAUUAUUUCUUCUUCAACAAAAAUUUGUGGGACAGAAAAUUCUUUAGAGGAAUUCUCUUCUACAAAAUUUUCCUCUUCUUUUUGUUCUUCUUCAACAAAUUCCUCUUCUUAUAUGUCAUUCCGUCUUAAAAGUGGAAAAGUUGAAACAGAAAAGUCUAUUGGGAAUCAAUGGGCUGGACAGUGUCAGAGCAAGGUUGUCCAACGAUUGCUUAAAGGCACCGAUAAAUAUUUUAUCGUUUUGGAAGAUUUGGUGGCGCAAUACUCAAAGCCUUGUGUUAUAGACCUUAAAAUGGGAACUAGACAACAUGGUGAUGAUGCUUCUGCACAAAAAAAGUUAACACAAACACAAAAAUGCCGCCAAUCUACAAGCUCCAAAUUUGGUGUACGUUUAGUUGGAAUGCAAAUAUAUGAUCGUCAAUCUAAUCAAUUCACUUUUGUAAAUAAAUAUGAGGGACGUCGAAUGGAUCAUUCCCAAUUUUGUGAUGCCCUUUUAAAAUUCUUUAGAGUAGCUGGAAAGAGAAGAACGAGGAAAAUUAUUGAGGAACUACUCAAAUUACGUAAAGUAUUGUCUAGAGCUAUGGGGUUCCGAUUUUUCUCUAGUUCACUUCUAAUUGCCUUUGAUGGUGAAAAAAUAAGUGUUGGAAGUAAUUUGGAUCAAAGAGGAGGUGGAGGGAUAAUAGUGAAAAUGAUUGAUUUUGCACAUUCCACUUUUAACGGUUUUCUCGGUGAUAAAUUAUAUACAGGUGCAGAUGAUGGUUAUAUACUUGGAAUAGAUUCUUUAUUAAAUAUUCUUGGAAUGUUUUUACAAACAAGUUUUCGGCCUCCACCAAUAGCUAAUAAUAGAGAAAUUGUUGUUAAUAAUAAUUGUGAAUUACAACAACAAAAAAGACCUUCACUUAAAAGAAAAUUAUUAUUAGAAAAUUUAGAAAGUUUGGGGGAAACAAGCAAUAAUUGUUGUGAUGUUUGGAUUGAAACAACAGCAACAACUGAAAAUUUGGCACCUUUGUCUGAUAAUGAUAAUAGUAAUUGGUCCUAUGAAAUGGAAGAUGAUGAAUCAAGUAUAAAUUCUAGCACAAUGGGAUUUACAUCAGAUUCAGGUGCAGAAAUGGGUGAACCAGAUGAAGAAGAGGAAGAAACAAAUUCUUCUUCUUUAACAAAUUUACAACAAUUUAAUAAUUCUGUUGUGGAUGUUGACAAAAUUGAAAUAAAUAUUAAUUUAAAUAUUUCACAAAGACUUGAAGGGUUUGUUGUUAAUUCUUCUACAACAACAACAAAAAUACAAAGAAAUGAAUGA